AUGGCGUAUAAGAAAGUAGGACCUCCUCCCAAGAAUCUACCUCCCUUACCGCGAUUAAAAGUGCGUCGUCCCGUUCUUGCGAAACAAACAAAUCAAUGUUUUGUAUUCAUGUCUUCAUUACUUAAUUGUUGGGCAUCGAACGGUGAAGGUAAUAGUGUGUGUCAUGGGUUUGAACAAGACUUGAAGAAAUGUAUGGAAACUUACAAACCUGCUAAGGAGCAGAUCAGUACUAUUAAUUAUCAUGCUUCUAGAUUGUAUCCUAAAUUAAGAGGGAAAGUUCAUGACUAG